AUGGAUCAUGUUACAAAGAAGAUGCUUGGAACUUUUUUUAUAGAUGGUCCUGGUGGAACAGGAAAGACUUUCUUAUAUAAUGCUCUAUAUGCAGAGAUAAUAUUGAUGAAUAAGAUUGUUUUUCCAACAGCAACAUCGGGUAUAGCUGCAUCUAAUAUUCCUUCUGGAAGGACUACACACUCAUGGUUUAAAAUUCCAUUGGAUCCGCUUGAGUCACGUGCCUGUAGUGUACCUAAACAAGGUAGUCUGGCUGCACUAUUGAGAGAAACAACACUCAUUAUUUGGGAUGAAGCUUCCAUGGCAAAAAAAAAAAAUGUUGAAUCGAUUGGUAUGUUACUCAGAGAUAUAUGUGAUCCUCAGUUAUUGCUUGGAGGCAAAAUAGUCGUAUUUGGAGAAGAUUUUAGGCAAGUUCUUCCUGUUGUUCCCAAAAGAACACAACGCGAGGCAGUUGCUGCUAGCUUGGUCAGUUCUGCUCUAUGGCCGUUGUUGACUAAGUUUAGAUUAAUAGAAAAUAUUCAAGCUAGACACGAUCCAGUAUAUGUAGCUUUCUUGUUGGCACUAGGAAAUGGUGAGAUACAAGAUAGUGAAAAUGCAUUAAUUCAGCUACCAGCAGAAAUUGUAGAGCCUUGUGAUUCUGCUACACCUCAAGAUAUGCAUCUGAGUUAA